GUUACCACAAAACUUGAUGCCGAUUCUUGAUGCCGAGGCCAUGUUGGGAUUUAAUAGUGGUGUCUGAUUGUGUCUGACUCCCAAACUAUUGAUAGUUGGAUAAGAGAAAUGAGUAACGGCGGGGAGCUUGACAAGCGUCGCCCCCGAAAUUCUCGUCAAAUCAUUUGACGUCAUACUGGUUGGUCGGUGGUAGGUCUCAUGUGUUCCAUACUAGGUAAUUAUACUCCCAGGGAGAUUCAUCUGUUCACACUAUAUAUACUUCAACUUCUCUCUGAAGGGUGCUUUCUUUUUCCAUCUCAUUCCAGCCUCUAAAGUCUUCUCUUAUAUCAUACCUACCCUUUCUUCAAUUUCAACACCCCACCAGAAAACCUCACAUCAGAUUCUCAAAAAGUAACCUAUGAUGUCAACAUCCACACAACCCAAAAAACCCUUCCACGUCGCUAUUUGCGGUAUGUUGAACCCAAAACACAUUAUAAACCCUACCUAACAACAUCCUAGGCGGAGGUAUCGGUGGCUUAUGUAUGGCAAUUGGUCUCCUGAAGCAAAAUAUCCCAUUCACAGUAUACGAAGCCGCACCUGCAUUUGCAGAAAUUGUAUGAUCAUAUCAUUCCUGCUUGAUUAACCUCGAAGCUCAUAUUUCAUAGGGUGCAGGAAUAUCAUUUGGACCUAAUUCUCUCCGGGCAAUGGAAUUAAUAGAUCCACGUAUUAAACAUGGGUUCGAGAAUUGCGAAACAAGGAAUGGUUCUCCAGAAGAGAGAGACAUUUGGUUUGAUUUCCGGAUAGGUAUGGCGGAGGAAGGUUGGAAAGGGGUUGAAAAAGGACCACCAGUAAAGGAAGGAGAAUUUCUGACCGAAGUUGUGGCGAAAGGUUGUGGACAAGCUUCCGUUCAUCGAGCGCAUUUCCUCGAUGAAUUAGUCAAGUUGGUUCCAAAGGAAAACGCUCGGUUCGGGAAGAGAGUUGAGAAGGUAGAAGAGAGGGGAGACAGAUUAUUAAUGACUUUCCAGGAUGGAACGACGGCUGAGGCCGAUGCCGUAAUUGGUUGUGAUGGUAUUAAAUCGAGAACUAGACAUAUAGUUCUUGGUGAUGAUCACAAGGCUACCUUACCUGUUUUCACUGGAAAAUAUGCAUAUAGGGGAUUAAUACCUAUGGAAAAGGCAAUUAAUGCUGUUGGUGAAUCUUUGGCUAGAAAUAGCCAAAUGUACCUAGGUCAUCAGGGCCAUGUAAGCAUCCUUCCCAGCUACCUCAAAUUCCACUAACAUAUCCUUAAGGUCCUAACAUUCCCCAUCGAAAAAGGAGCCACAAUGAACGUCGUAGCAUUCCGCACUAAGAAAGACGGAAAAUGGAAUAACGAAAAAUGGGUUCUCCCAAUCAAAGAAUCAGACAUGGUUUCCGAUUUUCAAGGCUGGGGCAAAGAUAUAAAACACAUCCUAUCACUUAUGGAAAAACCCGACGUCUGGGCAAUCUUUGAUCAUCUCCCCGCUCCAACAUACUACAAAGGCCGACUAGUGCUCCUCGGCGACGCAGCUCAUGCCAGUACGCCCCAUCAAGGAGCUGGCGCUGGACAAGCUAUCGAAGAUGCAUUCAUCUUGAGUAAUUUACUAGGGGAUUGUAGGAAGGUGAGAGAUAUUGAAAGCGCGUUUAGAGCGUAUGAUAUGGUUAGAAGGCCUAGAAGUCAGAAGGUUGUGAAGACGAGUAGGGAGGCGGCGGAACUUUAUGAGUUUGAGAAUGAGGAGAUUGCGGGGCUUGCAAAUGGAGUUGUGGAUAUGGAGGGUUUGAAGGAGAGGUUGAGGGAAAGGACUAAGUGGAUCUGGGAUGAGGAUUUGGGAUUGCAGUUGCAGGAGGCGAGGAAGAUUAUGAAGAUGCGUGGUGAGAGGGCGAAUCUUUGAAAAGGGGAUGUGAUAGGUAUGUUGUGGUUAUGGUUAUGGUUAUGGUAUAGAGCACCAGGUCUCUCUGUCUAUAUGUUUUGCGAAAAGUUCAAGAGGAGGGUUAAGUAGAGAGAGCUACUAGGCUGAGAUGAUAGGAACAUAUAAUUAUAAUUAUCUUCCACUUAUAUAGGAUAGAACACCAACUAUAAUAAUCUUACUUU